GGCUCGGGUGGCUGCAGCAGAGAAAGCAAGGGGGUGGGUGGCAGGACGUGAGGUCAGAGGAGAAUGGGCGGCACCCUGUGGCUCACAGAUCCUUGAAAGGGUUUUGGUUUGGACUGAGCAGAACGGGGCCAUUGCAGAUCAACACGCACUUUAAAUGAUCAAAACCCCCAUCUUUCCCCUGGGAAGGAGGAAGCCAAGGCAGGCUGUGUUUCUGACUCACACGGGAGUCGGGGAAGUCGUAAACAACCCUGGAGAGAACAGCCAGGCCUGUUUCUGCAAGCCCAGACAAUGCCGGUGGAGGAGUUUGUGGCUGGCUGGAUCUCUGACUUGCUUCCUGGGCCUGGCACGAGGGCCCUCACUCAUAGCACCUUCUUGUCACCACAGGAGCUCUGGGCUUGGUCCUGGGACACCCCUUUGACACUGUAAAGGUGCGACUGCAGACCCAGACCACCUACCGGGGCAUCGUUGAUUGCAUGGUCAAGAUUUACCGCCACGAGUCCCUCCUGGGCUUCUUCAAGGGAAUGAGCUUCCCCAUUGCCAGCAUAGCUGUGGUCAACUCUGUCCUGUUUGGGGUCUAUAGCAACACCCUGCUGGUGCUGACGGCCACCUCCCACCAGGAACGGCGGGCCCAGCCACCCAGCUACACGCACAUCUUCCUAGCAGGCUGCACCGGGGGGUUCCUGCAGGCCUACUGUCUGGCUCCUUUUGACCUCAUCAAAGUCCGGCUACAAAACCAGACAGAGCCAAUGGCCCAGCCGGGUAGCCCCCAACCUCAGUACCGGGGGCCCGUGCACUGUGCAGCCUCCAUCUUCCGGGAGGAGGGGUACCGGGGGCUGUUCCGAGGAGCCUGGGCCCUGAUGCUGAGGGACACCCCCACGAUGGGGAUCUACUUCAUCACCUAUGAAGGGCUCUGUCGCCAGUACACACCAGAAGGCCAGAAUCCCAGUUCAGCCACAGUGCUGGUGGCAGGGGGCUUUGCAGGCAUUGCUUCCUGGGUGGCAGCCACGCCCUUAGAUGUGAUCAAGUCCCGGAUGCAGAUGGAUGGGCUGAGACGCAGAGUAUACCAAGGGGUGCUGGACUGCAUGGUGAGCAGUGUCCGGCAGGAAGGACUGGGGGUCUUCUUCCGGGGGGUCACCAUCAACAGUGCCCGCGCCUUUCCCGUCAAUGCUGUCACCUUCCUCAGCUACGAAUAUCUCCUCCGCUGGUGGGGAUGAGCCCUGUGGCAAUGCCAGUAGCUCCCCAUCAGGCCCACAGCCCGGAAGCCAGUUUGAGAUUGGAGGCCAGGUUGAAAAUCUGCAGCUUACAAAUCAGUGCAAGAGGCUCAGCCCUUCCUAACCAAGGCACCUCCCACCCGAGCAGAUCUAGGCUGGGCAGAUGCCUGCAGGAGCCAGAAGCCAGGGGGCUUGGGCAGCCUCCCUGUGUAGCUGGCCUUGACUCCUUUGCCUCCCACGUCUGUGAAACAGGGAGCAUGAGGCACAAGUGAGCUGGCAACAUCCCAGCCCCUGUCCUGUGCCUUCACCUCUUUUUUUUUUAUUUUGAGAUGGAGUCUUGCUCUGUUGCCCAGGCUAGAGUGUGGUGGAGCGAUCUCGGCUCACUGCAACCUCCACCUUUCUACCUUCCAGGUUCAAGCGAUUCUCCUGCCUCAGCCUCCCGAGUAGCUGGGACUAUAGGUGGGCGCCACCACGCCCAGCUAAUCUUUUGUAUUUUUAGUAGAGACAGCGUUUCACCAUGUUAGCCAGGAUGGUCUCAAUCUCCUGACCUUGUGAUCCGCCCACCUCAGCCUCCCAAAGUGCUGGGAUUACAGGUGUGAGCCACCAUGUCCAGCCGCCUUCACCUCUUAAGGAGAUCUGAGACUCUGCUUCUGAGAGUCCCCGCUGCCUUCCACCUCCCUGCCUUUCAAAGCUCUCUCCCCUAUGACGCAGGAUAACCCUAUGUCUCCUCCGGCCAGAAUCCUUCAGUGGCUCUCAUCACCUUCAGGGAAAGCCCAAACUCCUUCCAACUUCCAGGUUCCUCCCUCCCCACAAGGCUUUGUUCUCCUGGGGUUGCUUCCUGGACCCUGAAUAAGCUGUGCUCUCAUUGCCUGGGCUUGGCCAGCAGCGCCCGGCAGGGUGACUCCACCAUUCCCUGGGCUGGCCCCACUCUCCUCCGAGACCCAGGCUGAACCUGGUCUCCUGGUCCUUCCUUGACUCGCCUCCCCACCUGAGGCUGACUUUGGGGUUCCCAGACACCCCAGCCGCACACCUGCCUUGGUCAUAGCACUUGCCUGCGCUUCUUCAGAGUCGUUAAUUUGCUUCUCGGCUUCCCCACUGGACUAUGAGCUCCCUGAGGUCAGGGAUUGCGCUUUGGAUGGUUUCCAGCCUGAGCUUCGUGCUCAAACAGACGUGUGCAAUAAAUGCUCAUUAAAUGUUG